AUGGAGAAACUUAAUGCAUUGGGUUCGAGCUUACCGCCAGAGCAGCCACCCACAGACCAAGCAAUCGCUUCACUAAAUGCAGAUCUUUCUCAAGAGUUCAAAAUAGCCGCCAAUGCAGUAACGAAACUGUACAGGGUAGCCAACGAGAGAAAUUCUUUGUUGAAGCAUCAUGGAUAUCUUAACUGUUUGGACGAUAUGCUAAACUUCCUACAACAAAGUUCAGAUAUUACCGCAGAUGAUAUACAUUUUUGGUGCUUGAAGCAAAAAAAUGACAUAUUAUCUCACAAGGCACACAUCGGUUCAAACCCGAAACUUGAUUUUAAUUUUGAUAACAGCACUGAUAACUGCAGUUCAGAAAUGAGUGUUCCAAAAUUUACACUUUCCAGACCCCCAUUAAGUGUGGAGCAUCAUUAUAGUCAUGGACAUGGGAAAUCCAAGAAGUUGAGAUCAUCUACGGUCAAGAAACAACAAACACAGAUACUUCAGCAAAACCAACACGACACUUGGAAGCCCAUCGGCAAGUAUAUGUCACAAAGAACGGGUCCUGAAGAAUCGCAGACCGAGGAGCCCUUGAUAGGUAGCCCAAGAUCGUAUGUCGAUAGUUCAAGGGUAUCAUCAGCAACUAAAAAACAAAAAGCUUCGACUUCUCCACAGAACACGGUAAGAAGAAUAAAGAAAUGA